AUGGAUACAAAGAUGGACGUCGACGUGGGGAAACCAGCGCAGCCACAUGGUCUGUCUCCCGCCACUGACCCGCAAUCAAUACCUACCCUCGAUGGCUGGAUUGAGAGCUUGAUGGACUGCAAACAGUUGGCGGAGAGCGACGUAUCGAGACUUUGCGAUAGAGCUAGAGAAGUUCUCCAAGAGGAGUCGAAUGUACAGCCAGUGAAAUGCCCUGUCACAGUCUGCGGCGAUAUUCAUGGCCAGUUCCACGACUUGAUGGAACUCUUUCGGAUUGGUGGACCCAAUCCAGACACGAACUACCUCUUUAUGGGAGACUACGUAGAUCGUGGCUACUACUCCGUCGAGACCGUGACCCUCCUCGUCGCCCUCAAAAUUCGAUAUCCUUCCCGUAUCACCAUCCUCCGCGGCAACCAUGAGUCCAGACAGAUCACCCAAGUCUACGGCUUCUACGACGAAUGCUUGCGAAAAUAUGGCAACGCCAAUGUCUGGAAAUACUUCACCGACCUCUUCGACUACCUCCCCCUUACCGCUCUGAUCGACAACCAAAUCUUCUGCCUGCACGGUGGGCUUUCUCCCAGCAUAGACACCCUCGAUAACAUCCGUUCGCUUGACAGAAUUCAGGAAGUCCCUCACGAAGGCCCCAUGUGUGAUUUGCUCUGGAGUGAUCCUGAUGACCGAUGUGGAUGGGGGAUCAGUCCAAGAGGUGCGGGAUACACAUUCGGGCAGGAUAUUUCGGAAGCAUUCAACCAUAACAAUGGCCUAACUCUGGUGGCCAGAGCUCAUCAACUGGUCAUGGAGGGUUACAAUUGGAGUCAGGAUCGAAAUGUGGUGACAAUCUUCAGCGCGCCCAAUUACUGCUACAGAUGUGGUAAUCAGGCUGCCAUCAUGGAGAUCGACGAGCAUCUGAAGUAUACCUUCUUGCAAUUUGAUCCAUGUCCCCGCGCCGGCGAACCAAUGGUCAGCCGAAGAACUCCAGACUACUUCCUCUAA